UAUGGAUAGCAUAAUUAUGCAAAUAAGACUAGGCUUACUUCCGUCAUGAUUUUUCAUAUGUCUUCAAAGCUGUAUGAAUAAUAUAUGAAUCUACCCAUUCGUAAACGAAAACAUGGCUGCUAGCUCAAUUGAGUCGCCGGACAUACGAGCGAAAUCCGUUCAAAGAGAAGAAAUAAGCUGUCCAGUUUGCCUGGAGGUAUUCGAAGAACCUCUUGUUUUGCCUUCAUGUGGACAUAGUGUAUGCUUGCAGUGUCUUCAAAAUAUGACAAAAAGAAAUCCACCUUCGCUAUUAUGUCCAGUCUGUCGAAGUGAAUCUGUGCUUGGGGAAAAUGGACUAAAGUCUUUAGCGGUGAAUAUUGGGAUUGUUAAAAUCCUUGAAGAAACUAAAGGGGAACGACAGAGGGAAGGAAUUUUGAAAGCGUUUGAAGCGGCAGUGCAGAAAAUGUCAGAUGCAGAGAAGAUGUUAGUGGGACUCGACACUGUUAUUGAGCGACGGAGAAGUCACAGGGAUGCACUGAAGUCGCAAAUUCACGAGUUGGCGGAGCAAAUGAUGGCCACGAUUAUGGUGAAAGAACAAGAGCUUUGUGAACAGGUGGACCGACAAACUACGGACCAUGAAAAGAAAUACAAAAACCAGAAAGUCAUGUACAAGAACUUUGUGGAAAAUUCGAGGGUUUUGAUUUCAAAAGUCGAAGAGCAUUUGAGUAAGCCUGAAGAGGAAAGAUCCUACGAGGUCGGAAAAGCGCUAUUGCUAGAAUCAAGGAAAUUCACCAAUGCAAAUUUGCAUAAGAGUCUAACUGCCCAUGAUGCGGUAAUGGCUAAAUUCAGCCCUAAUAAUGCGCUCCUCAGCAGGAUUGAAGAAGAAGGACUUGGAAAAAUCUAUAGCACAAAUGCAUCGGCUUUCACCAGGUGUUCUUUGGUGAAGGAAUGCAUCGGAGAGUCUGAAAAUUCCGUGCACCCUUGCCCGCCCCUAGGAGCAGAGAUAACAAUCAGAGCGAGCGACCUCGGGCUUGACUCCUUUUCUCCACUUUGCUUAGCCACCGACGGUAGCAAUAGCAUCGCAGUGGCUGAUCCCGCGAAUAGCAACGUGCUUCUGCUAGACAAACACGGCAAUCUUAAGAAGAAAUUCAAGCCUAUAAAGAGUGAUAAACAGCCUGUGACAUUUUCAGGUGUGGCGUUCACAAAGUCGAAUGAACUGAUAGCAGUUUGCGGCUCGACUGAAGUUUACUAUCUAAACACGCAAGACGGCAGUUUUAAAAUGAGCUAUAAGACAAGUGAUAAGUAUGGCAUUCGCUACUGUUUUAUUACUAUAGGUUCAGACGGACGGGUCGUACUCACGUGCGAACCCUCGAUACGUCAUUACAGACCGUGCAUUUUCGUCUAUAUGGAUAUCCCCUUUGGAAAACCCGACCUGAAGUUCGGUAUUACCGGGGAUAACAAGCUGGAGUUCCCCUUCAAGGCCGUCUAUCAUAAUAACGAAUACUUUGUCUCAGACAUGGAGAAAGGCUGCAUCCUCGUGUACGACUGUCGAGGAAUGUACAGAAGAAGUUUUGGCAGGAGAGAAAGCGCGAGCGCAAGCGAAUUGAUGUUACCUACCGGGCUCGCUGUGUGUGCGAAAAAUCGCUGUCUUUACGUGUGUGACUGGGGCUCAUGUAGUAUCCAGGUCUAUCGACCCGAUGGCGCGUUUGUUGCGAUGUUUGCGAUUGAGGGAAGACCGACAGAUAUCGCAAUUAUGAACAACGGGACAGUAGUGGUGUCAUCCAAGGAUGAUCAGUGGAUCAAGUUUUACUCACUACCGCCAUUCAACGUUGAGUAGAAGCCAAUAUAAUCUUGAUUGACUGUUCCCUAUAACUCAAAGCCUACCUUAUUACACUUUAUUUUCGCGUCGCUUUAAUUACGCAAAUUUCGCGAUUUUUUAAAAAGAUUCGCGAAAAUGAAAUGACGCGACAAUAAAAAAAGCCUUUGGGUGAAACACCACGUCUAUUUAGUCCUCUAAUGCAAAUAUAGUACCCUAAGGGGUUGGCCUGGACUGUAAAGAUUAGAUUUUUAUGGAUACUACAUUUAUCUCAAGCAUGUUUUUAUAACAGUUUGUUUCAGUUUUGUUGAUUAGAGCACAUUUUAAUUCCACUUGUUUUGCUUGAUUUUAUUGUCUCUAAAUCGCAAAAUCGGGAAAAUAAAGUGACCUGGAUUUUACGAAAAUAGCAAAAUCGCGAAAUUAAAGUGGCGCAAAAUAUCGCCAUCUCAAAAUCGCGAAGCUUUGACGUCGCAAAAAUAAAGUGUAAUAAGGUAACAUGAGCCCCCCGCUCUAAGACGGAUUUUGAAGUGACAUAUUUUUUUUCGUCAUUGAAAUUUAAACGAAGAAAAGCAAAAAUAAGAUAAAUUCUUAAACGAAACUUAGGCUCUGGUGAUAAGCCUUAGUUUAAGGGAAAAUAUUUUUUGUUUGAUUAAAAUCUGGUGAUUAUCUCAUAGGUGUGGUAAUUUAGGCUCUAUUGUAUACCAGCCGUUUCUUUGAGACCGCAGUCGCUAUCGCAAGCCAUGCGUCACUUGGAAAUAGAGCCUAGGGAUAAUUAGGAUGCCAGCAAAAUCACAGAAAAUCAGUAGUUUUAUACUCACAAAAAUAGGCAUUGAGAAAUCAAAAUAAACAUUAUUUUAGAAAAAAAAAGAAUAUUCCUGAUGGGUGUAAGGGGUAUAGUAAGGUAAUGUGAAACAUUACUAUAGAUAGGCGGUGUUCUAGGUUGGCAAUCAAUGAAAUAUGAAAUAUAACUAUGGGUAAAUGA